AUGGGAAGCCGAUCGUCAUCGACAUCCAGGGAUUACCUGGCUCUAGUUGCUCUGUUCCUUCUUCUCGUCACACAGGCGUGCUGUGCCGAGUACUAUGGGAAGCUGAUUGGCAAGUUAUCGGAGUUGAAUCAUCAAGUCAGCGGUGAGGUUUAUGCGGUCGAUGCCAGAACACUCUUCAUCAAGGAUUUAACGUAUGAUGGCGAGGGUCCAGCUGCCUACUUUUACGCCGGAAAUUCAAAAUCACCGAUUACCAAUGGAUUCAGGGUUAGAGAUGAACGGGGAAUGUCUGGUCCACUUCGUCGAUACAGAAAACAGGGUAUCACCUUGACCCUCCCCGAGGGAAAGACCUUGAACAACAUAAAAUGGUUUGCCAUUUGGUGUGAUGACUUCUCCGUGAACUUUGGAGACGUGAGAAUACCGAGGGGUUUCGACUAUCCGAAACCACAGAAACUCGCACCGCUGAAUGGAGUUCAUGGUGUCAGUUCCGAGCCAGUCGUGGUUGUUGACGCUCAGACAUUGCUGAUACCGGGUUUCAGUUAUGAUGGAGAAGCACCAGACGCGAAAUUCUGGGUUGGAGCUGGGCCCCACCCGUCCUCCCAAGGCAUACGUGUGCCCGACGAGAACGGAAAAGUAAAACCACUGCGCCCGUACGACAGAAAAACAAUUGUCCUGACAUUACCAGGUGACCUCACUGUACAUGAGAUCGGUCACUUUGGUGUCUGGUGUGAGGCAUUCGCCGUUGACUUUGGCCACAUUGAAAUUCCACAAGCUCUCAAUGUACCACCAUCCCUCAAGAUGCUGGGCGUUUCGCCUCAGUCCAAACUGAACUGCGAAGUCCUCGAGGACAACCUGGCCUUCGAGGUGAGAUGGGCCGUUGCUGGAGACAGUAUUGUUGUUCAACUCGUUGGAAAACUCGAUGCUGGACAAUACAUGUCCUUCGGACUGUCUGCAAAUCCUGAGCGCAGUGCGAUGGUGGGUGGUGACGUUGUUGUCGCUUGGGUUGAUAAGCAAACCCUGCAGGGCUAUGCCGUGGAUUACUUCCUUGAUGCCAAGUCCCAAUGCUCUGGAGGUCGUGGGAGCUGCCCUGAUAUACGGAUACAAGAAAACACAAAUUCCGUGCGUCUUCUGAACGCAGCAAUGGUAAAUGGCUACAGUAUCGUGACAUAUCAACGACCACUUAGCGCUUCCGACGAGUUGGACAGGCAGAUCCGCACCAAUGGCUCCCAAGCAAUCAUCUGGGCCAUUGGUCCGCUCAACGAGAGGAACGAGGUCAGCUUCCAUUCCCACUACCUCAAGACCGAUAGGUUUAUCGAAUUUGGAAGGCAACCGUCGUGGAAUUGUCCAAUGCCCGACAUGGAGCAGAUCCAGACACAUCACGAUGACAAUACCGAUAAGGGAAGUAACAAGCAAGAGCUAGUGGCGACAACUCGAAGGCCAUCAAGACCUCCAGCGACACCCGCUCCAGCACCUACAACUGACGCUUGGGAAAUUCCACCGAUUCAGUGCAACGAACCUGACGAUGGAGUUUUUUACGCCCAGAUGGGACCCACCGGAGGCAAGCACGGAUACCCGGCCAUUACUGGGCACGUCGGCUGGGGAAUAUCUUGGUAUAUCAAUGGGCUUCUUAUCCCGGAGAUUAACGUUGUUAGGGGAAAAACAUAUACUUUCGUCGUUGAAGGAGGUGACGAUCCCGAGACACCAGCUGUUUAUCAUCCCUUCUACAUUACUGAUGAUCCCAUUGGUGGAUAUGCCCACAAAACUCCUGAAGAAAAAUCUCAAGUGACAGUUUUCGCUGGUGUCAGACGACAGAGGGGAGCAGUGGUGCCCACCGGUUACGGGAGACUCUGUCAAUGGGUGCACGAUAGCAAUGCACCUGGCGCCGAUGAGUACGCUUCAUUCGGCGCUUUUCAAAGGACAUUGUCACUCAAGUGCAAUCCUGGUGAGCCAGGAAUUAUUCAAUGGACUCCUGAUAGAAACACUCCGGAUACUGUUUAUUAUCAGUGCUUCACCCACCGUUACUUGGGCUGGAAAAUAAACGUCCAUGAUAGCUGCGACGUCCAGGGUGCAGGAAGCCAGAAUCACGAGGUGUACGCUCAACCGGAGCUAUCAGACCAGCAAUCCGGGGAUCUAGAGGGUGCAAGCAGUAUCGGUGUAUCCAGCAAGGUAACUCCAGCCCCAGAUUUCUACCAGGCCCAUCAGAAUUAUGGUACGCUACGGCCACCCCACAAUUAUCAUCACUAUCAUAAUUACCAUACCGCUAUGUCGCAUCAAAAGCUUAUACAUUCGCCUCAACUAACACGUGCUUCAAUGUAUCCCCGUGAUACUUACGAACGCUUGCAAUUGUCUCACGCGGAUCUGCCUCGUACCCCCCAUUACGUUAUUUCGCAUCAUCAUCAUCAUAAUAAUCAUCCUAAGGAGGUACAGCGUCAUCAAGUGCUUCCAUUAAUGCGUCAUCAUGUUGAGCAUGCAACAGCAUCAUCUUUAAUAUCACCUCAACACGUGAGUGGCUAUUACCGUGAAAUACAAUCUCCCCAGGGUUGGCAACAGACACCAGUAUCAGAUCAGGACGUUCAGCAGUCCCAAGUGGCACAAAUUCAUGCGUCUAAUUUACAAUCUAACUCACUUGCAGAUCAACGACCCUUCAACUACGUCAAUAUGAAAUAUCAACUUGCCCAGCAAAAUCCGUCGUACGUUUAUUCGAGAACACCGAUGAGUAAACAAACUCAGGUAAUGAUUUUUAGACGGCCAGGGAGACGACCGAUGCCACAGGAAAUACCACCGGAAGUGCCGAGAUUUAUGGAGAGAAAAAAGGCCGUUUACCGACCAUUGAAAAAUUCACAAGUAACGAAAUUAACGAAAAUUGAUAAACAGAGAGCCAAGAUUGAAGCCAAAAUGUCAUCCGAUAAUAGUGAUUCAGUGAGUGUUAAACCAGCGAGAAAUACAGGUUUUGAUCCAGAUUCCAUUGUUAUUGAGGGUGGUUUCAAGCCUAUAAUUCGAACGGUUGAUCGUGAGGAUGAAGUGGCCAGGGGACAGGAUUAUUGGACUUAUCAGUGGGGUGAACCAAAGACGAGUGCUGAUGAGAAGAUGAAGAAGCAGGAUACAUUUGAACCCGUUUAUCUGGGAUCUGGUCGAAGUGAUGUUAAUAAACUCAGGAAGAAAAUUCAGCCGGACAAAGUUAAACAGAGACUCGAUGAUAUUGAUGAUAUGGAAAUGGCUGCUGAUGGAUUGGACGCCUAUUAUUUACCACCUUCCAACAGUGGACUGGGGACUAAACGAAUUGAUGAUCGAUUAACUGGUGCAUUGAUUGCUUUUGAUGGGAAAAGGGUCAAGGACUCGAGCCUCGCCAGAUCCAUUCCCAUAAGGGUCGAUGAACUAUCGUCACGUAAUCCUGGGGGAAAACCGUCCGAUGUACUCACUAGGACCCCGCAAUUUGGUAAAUUCAGGGGUGAAUUGCCACCCUCAAUCCCUGGAGAUGUUAGAUUAGAGAAUAUUCCACAGUUUGAGCAUCAGACAACCAAAUUGACAGCUAAAAGAACGAAGAGAUCGUCUCAGGGAGAUAUCAUUAGUCAAAAUGCCACUCAUCAUGAUCACUCAAUGUUGGCAAGCACUGGACAAAUGAUCAUCACCAACAUUGAGUAUGUGGUUCUAACAGUCAUCCUCUAUUUCGUCAUUUGAUAAAUUAUCUCGUUUUUUUGUCGUUUUCAUAAUUUUACGUCCUUUACAAUAAACAUCGCAUCGUGCCAAAUCGAUCGAUUCAUCGCUUCUGCUCAAUAACUGCAUAACGCGAAGCUCAUUGUUAUAGAAUACUAUCAGCAAUCUGCAUUGUUCAACGUCAAUUUUACAUCUUCCUCUCAGUGUCGUUCUAGCGUCAUCGUUUAUCCGUCUAGGGAGUUAGUUUUAUUUUUACUCCUACUCCACUCGUUUCUCAUAGCAAUGGUGGCUAUUUUCAACUCGUGCGAGUUAUCAUUUUAAUUAUACGGUAUUUAAAUUUUAGUUCUGGCACUCGAUCCCCAUUCUCCGCUUACUGAUAUGAUUUUACAUUAUUAUCAUGAUAACUUUCAAUUUAUUUUUUCAUAUAUAUGAGGAAAAACAAGAAAACGGUUGUUAAGUUUGCAAGCGUAUGUGUACAUAGAUUAAGUAGUCUGUUGUAAUUGAUAGAAUGUAUUCCGAUUGGGAGAUUAAACUUUUGGACAAAGAA